GAAGCCGCGGCGCCGUCGGGACCCCCGGCGGGACCCCCCCCCCCCCAUCGCUCCGCACCAUGCCGACAGGCACACUCACCCCCACCCCAAUGGGUCCGUUUUCAGCGCUCACGCCCAGCAUGUGGCCUCAAGACAUCUUGGCCAAACUCGCACAGAAGGAUGAGGAGUCGCAAGAUGGGGAAGAGCUGCUCUUCGACGAGUUCGGGUUUCGCUUGGAAAAGGAAGACGGGGUGGAUGCGCGGCCGCCGCCGCCGCCGCCGCCGCUGCCCCCCGCGGGCGAGGACGCGCAGGUGCGCCUGCGCUGGCAGGCGUACCUGGAGUUCACACAGAACCACGGCGUGGGCGACCUCACGUGGGAGCAGCUCGCCGACACCGUGCCGCGCUCGGACAAGCUGCGCACGCUCGUGCUCGCGGGCAUCCCGCACAGCAUGCGUCCCCACCUGUGGAUCCGCCUGUCGGGAGCGCUGCUGAAGAAAAAGACGAGCGAUGUGUCGUACCGCGACGUGGUGAAGGCCAGCUCCGAGGACGCCUCCCUCACGGCCAAGCAGAUCGAGAAGGACCUGCUGCGCACGAUGCCGACCAACGCGUGCUUCUCCGAGAUGACGAGCACCGGCGUGCCACGCCUCCGCCGCCUGUUGCGCGCCCUCGCCUGGCUCUACCCCGACAUCGGCUACUGCCAGGGCACCGGCAUGAUCGCGGCGUGCCUGCUGCUACUGCUGGAGGAGGAGGACGCCUUCUGGUCGAUGGCGGCGCUGGUGGAGGAGCUGCUGCCGGCGGCGUACUUCAGCACCACGCUGCUGGGCGUGCAGGCCGACCAGCGCGUGCUGCGCCAGCUCGUCGCCUCGCACCUCCCGCGCCUCCACGCGCUGCUCACCGAGCACGACAUCGAGCUGUCCCUGAUCACGCUGCACUGGUUCCUGACGGUGUUUGCGAGCGUGGUCCACGUGCGGCUGCUGCUGCGCCUCUGGGACAUCUUCUUCUGCGAGGGCUCCGUCGUGCUCUUCCAGCUCACGCUUGGCAUGCUCAAGCUGAAGGAGGAUGAGUUGGUACAGUCCGAAAACUCUGCCUCCAUCUUCAACACUCUGUCGGACAUCCCGACUCAGAUGAACGACCCAGAUCUUCUCAUCCAGGAGUCGAUGAGGGUGGCGGGAGGCCUGACGGACGCCAUCCUGGAACCUCAGCGGCGGAAGCACCUGGCCUACCUCAUGGCCGACCAGGGUCAGAUCAUCAACCCCGAGGGGCCCAACCCCACCAUCCCCAAGCAGCUGGCACGGAGGCAGCUGCAGCGGCAGAAGUCGGUCAUCGGGGUCCUCUUCUUCGGCGACCAGGAGGACCCGGAGUCUCUGAAGGCCAAGAACAUCAAGCAGACGGAGCUGAUCUCGGCGCUGCGCGAUGCCAUCCUGCGCGUGGCUCGGCACUUCCAGGACAUCGACCCCGAGCAGGGGGCGGACCUCACGCCGGACUACUCCACCGAGUCGCACCAGCUGGACCACGAGAACUACGUCGCGGUGACGCGCAACCGCCGCCGGCGCGCCAAGGCUCUGCUCGACUUUGAGCGCCACGACGACGACGAGCUGGGCUUCCGCAAGAACGACAUCAUCACGAUCAUCUCUCAAAAGGACGAGCACUGCUGGGUCGGAGAGCUCAACGGACUUCGAGGUUGGUUUCCGGCCAAGUUCGUCGAGGUGUUGGAUGAACGAAGCAAGCAGUACUCGAUGGCGGGGGAUGACUCGGUGACGGAGGGGGUGACGGACCUGGUGCGGGGAACGCUCUGCCCGGCGCUCAAGGCCAUCUUGGAGCACGGCCUCAAGCGGCCGUCCAUCCUGGGUGGGCCCUGCCACCCGUGGCUCUUCAUCGAGGAGGCGGCGAGCAAGGAGGUGGAGAAGGACUUUGAGUCGGUCUACUCGCGACUCGUGCUGUGCCGCACGUACAGGCUGGAUGAAGAUGGUAAAGUUCUCACCCCGGAGGAGCUCCUGUACCGGGCGGUGCAGUCUGUGAAUCAGUCACAUGACACGGCGCAUGCACAGAUGGACGUCAAGGUCCGCUCGCUCAUUUGCAUCGGCCUCAACGAGCAGGUGCUCCACCUGUGGCUGGAGGUGCUGUGCUCGAGCGUUCUCACCGUGGAGAAGUGGUACCAGACGUGGUCGUUCCUGCGCAGCCCCGGCUGGGUACAGAUCAAGUGCGAACUUCGGGUUCUCUCCAAAUUUGCGUUUAAUCUCUCGCCCGACUGGGAGCUUGCUCUCAAGAAGGAGGACAGGGACACUCGUCCGCUCAAGGAGGGCAUCCAGGACAUGCUCGUUAAGCACCACCUCUUCAGCUGGGACAUCGACGGCUAGAAGUUGGGGGGGGGGAGGGGGGGGGCGCGCGGCACUCUCACGUCGUCUCGACCCUUCACCUUUAACCUCUCAACUGCCGCCACCCCCUCCCCUCGCCCCACAGCCCCACAAAGCAAGUUAACCCGACCCACAGCUCGGUCUGCAACUUUCUGUGUGUGCCUCCCCCGGCUUGUGCUGCCCCUCUCCUCGCCGCCCAACAGUCUCAAUUUCCCAUCAUCCUUAGCAGCUGCCGCCACCCCCUCACUCUCAAGAUUAACCCUCGCGCCACCUUGACCCCUAAAACGCGGCCGAUCCUUGAUUGUGUACAGCCUUAAUAAUAAUUUAUAAAUGAAAAAAAAACCCCAUUAGUCCUUUCUUUAUUCGUACAGGAGAGCCCUGCUGAGUCUCGGGACUCGUUUUCAGGUGGGGGUGGGGGUGGGGGGGGUGUUUCCGGCCACAUCGGGAUGAUCGGCCAAUUGCUUUACAGUAUUGAGUUGACGGGGCGGGCGCGCUUGUAGGGGGGGGGAGCGAGGCAGAACGGCGUUUGCGUAAAUCCGACGCGCCUGUCGCCGGAGCUUCCUGAUGGCGAGCUGUUUGACUGCCUUGCCACAGGAGGUCGCGGGUUUCGAUCCCCGACCCUGACCCCUGCUGCUGUACAUUUUGACUUUGCGGCGCCUCCCUCUCCCCGCGGUAGCGUGGGCUUCUUUCUGCGGGGUCCUCCGGUUUUUCCCUCCACAUUGAGGAUCGGCGUCGCGUGUUCACAGUAUUUGGCUGCGAUGCCUUUGCACGCGACGAGCCGCUCCGUUGAGCGAUCGUUUGUGAUGGCCGGGUCGCUUCUGAAAAAGAGCGACCUGGUAAAAACGGAAACAAGCCAAAAAAAACGCCUCGCUUCACGAGUCGGCCGGCGACCUACGGCCUACUUUGUGUACUGCUGCCUGCAAGCGCUGCCCCCCCCCCUUAAAACCCACCCCCUCCCCCCGCCCCCCCCCGCCCCCCCCCCCCCGAGCUGCCUCCUCCCUGCACGGCAUGGCCUGGGGGACCAGGGGGCACGCCCGAGAGGAAACGAAACUCUGCGAGGAGUCUGCGGAUUAUUCGGCGCCGCCGCAUCAUAAUCAUCGCAAACCCUGCGCACGGACGAUGUUCACAAAAGUAUUCCACCGCCUCUCUCGCUCGCGCGCACUUGUCCCCUGUCCCGAGCCCCCUGGUGGAAAUUCCACAAUACUAUGGCGGUGACCGGCAGCACCUUAAUUUCAGCAACACAACAAUAGCAGCCACAGCGGCAGGGGUAACAGCAACCGGCUAAUGACCUCCCUAUUCUACAUGGGGCAUCAUCCCACAGAAGAUCGUGGUGGUGGUGGUGGUGGUGGCGGCGGCGGUGGUGAUUACGACGACGCCAAUGAUGAUGAUCAUGAAGAUCACGGUGAUGAUCGUGAAAACGAUUACUUGUAUUGACGAUGGGAACAAGGCUGGUGAAGGACAUGAUGAUGAUGAUGAUGAUGGUAAAUAUGACGACUCAAAGAUGAUGGUGGAGACUUGGCCAGUGACCUUAGCGACGCAAACCUCUGUUCCAGAAUGAACAUUGCGAUGCUUCGCUAAUGCCGCACGCACGCACGUGCGCGAGCCGGAGUAACGCGCAGUGCGUUACGGCGAUGCACGUACUAACGCCCGCGAUUCAGUAUUACGAAAGGAGGAGCGGGCGUUUGACGGCGACGCGCGUUAAAACCUCGGCGGGGGACGGACGCUGCGUCGCCCGGACGGCUCCAUCCCGAGAUUAACCCUCGGGGGGGCCCCCCCCGCGUCUUCUACGAAUCGGCGACCCGGAAAAUACUUCCUCGCACGGCACACCCCGCACCGCAUCCCAGCGUCCCUCUCUGCCUGCGGCUGCGGCUGUUGCUGCUCACGUGCUACUUACUCCCAGUUCUGCCCACCACAUAAACGAAAAUAUUCAGUGAGAACGUAAGUUCAGUGGGCGCGAGGAUUUUAGUGUGAAUUCCGUGUUCCCGCGCAGUCCGAUCCUGUUUUUUUUUUUUCCCCCGGAGAGCACUUGGGCCACUUCAGCCACGGAUAAUCGAUGUUGGCAUUCCACGGUGGAAAACCUCCCUGGUCAGGUUCUGAACCUAACACGGUGCUGCUCGUGUGCCGGUCAAGUCCUGGUGCUCGACUCGGCUUGGCAAUGGCACACGGAGCUGCCGGAGAGACCGGAGAUCCCAAAGAGCUGGAAUGGAUUCUGAUCUCCCCCCCCCACCCCUUCCUCCGCCUGGCGAGGCAGUGGGGUGGAGGGCAGUGAGUUUUUUUCUGAAUGGGGAAAUGUUGUGGAGUUUUUAAAGUAGGGUGACGGAGAGAAACUGGAUGUAAUGUAUAAAAUAUAUCGUAGCGCUUACGUUGACACUUUAGUUUCAAGAAUUUUGUAUGUGUUUUUUUUGGUUUUCGGAUUUGCGUUGCGUGCGUUCGCUUGGCUGCGGCUUCAUGUGGCGUUGGCAAAGGGAUUCGGUUUUUUUUGGUGACGGUUGCAAAGCAAUGCCCCACCUCCUCCCCGGGGGCCGAAUAAGUUAUGAUGCAAAGCAGAAGCGGUAGCAGUGCCGAACCGAGCGAAGGGGCACAAGGAGCGGAGUAGCUGAGAGAUGGAUUCACCUUCCGGUGCAUUAGUUGGGGUUAGAUGAGGAAGGAGAGGGGGGUGGGAUAAUUAGUUGGGUUACACCAGGGGGUCGGCGAGCACUACAAACAAGAGGAGACAUUUGUUUUUAUUCGGUAAACAAAAUAUUUCAAGGGCGGCAAUGCACGUGGUCCUUAAUAAAUAACAUCACGAAGCGCGGCUCCUUAAUGAGCCACAUGCCGCAGGUUGCCCGCCCCUGCCCAUGGUAAACUGGGGACUUCCAUGGUGAACUUGAGUCUCGUGGUAAACUGGACUCUCAUCGUUAAUUGGGGACUUCCAUGGUGAACUGGACGUCCAUGGUCAGGGUUUGGCAACCGAAAUAACAAGAAGAGCCAAUUUUUAUUUUAUUUUAUUUCAAGAGCCGCACUGCAGUCCUUGAAGAGCCACAUGGGCGGCAGGUCGCCCACCCCCUGAGUGUGACGGCGAAGCGGGGGAAGGUGCAGGAAGCGAGUUCGGAGGCGGUGGGGUAGGUGGGGAGAGAGAAAGUGCCGGGCUGAGAGCGAUGCCUUGCACCGCCGUCGAGGGCGUGGAAGCCAGUGCUGGUUUCUCGGCGGCACUCGUUGACGUCUUUGCAAGGAGCUCUCUCGCCUGCUCCACCCCCCCCCCCCCCCACGUCUUCGCGCACGUGAACUCGCUGGGUCUCCGAUCUUCUGUGGUGGUGAUAUUGGCGGCGCGACCGAGGCUCUCGCUCGCUCGAGGAAAGUAAAUCGAUGUCAGCUGGCUCGCUCGCUCUCUCUCGCUCUCUCGCUCCACGCGAAGGCACUCGAUGCGCAGAUGCUGGCCUCCAUCCAGCAGUGGAUUGACCGCGGCUGAUUAUGUACUGCACUGUUGAACUUCUUUUCGCGCUGUGCGUAGCCAACCCCCUCUAAUCGGAGGUGCGGAGGAAUGACAAACUUAACGCAAAAAAUCAGUUCGGGUAGGAAUUCGUUUUCACUCGAGAUGAUGGAUUUGGACGUGCGUAGCGGCUUCCCAGUGUCGGGAGGGCGACGCGGGUGACCGUCCUCGUCGUUUCGAUGGCCAGCGACGAGUCGCCACUGCCAGGGUCACCCGGAGUUCGACGGUGAUUGUUGUUUUUGUAUGGAAGCAGGGAAAACGACGCGCAAACAGCGGACGUGAAAUCCGGUUGCGGCACGUGGCAGGCUUUGGUGGUUUACAGUCGUAAGUUGGGUCCGUGGUGGGUGGUGGUGACGGUGGUGACGGUGGUGCUUGUGCAAUGGGUCCGGUGAUUAAGUUAAAAAGCGGAGUUGACUUUCCGCGGCAAUGCUGUUGCAAAUGCAAA